UCCGGGCACCGUUAGUGGGCGCGAGAGCCCCGGACCCCGAAGCCGCGCACUUCGCUCCCCAUGGGCCACGGCCCAGGGCGGCAGGCCCGGCUGAGGGCGACCCCAGUGGAGAAAGGACCCCGACCCUCCCGCCUCCCGGCUCCGGGCUCCCGCCUCGUCCUCCGCUCCCACGCCCCGCCCGGCCUUUAGGGGAGAUGCGGCGCGGCCCGGGCAUGGAGCGUCCCGGGCCCCUGGAGACUCGGCGGAGGGUUGGGCUCCAGGGAGCUCAGAGCUCUCUCGUUCAGGGACCCGAGAGUGACACGCGUGGGAUUGCUUUGCAACCCACACCCCUGCACCCUCCCCUGCAGGAGCCUUCCCAGCCCCAGGACGCCCCCGCCCCAGCACCAUCCCCCUGCAGGGGCCUGCCCAGCCCCGGGAUGCCCCUGACCUCCCCUUGGACAGACUGCAGAAAGCGCGGGGCGCUGCGUCCUCUCCACCUCUCUCUGACCCCAGACACAUUGGGAGGGAGCGGAGGCCACAGGCUCCAUCCUGCUUCAGAGCUGCCAGCGGCCCCCGCAAUGGCUGAGCACCAAAGCAAGGACGGGAGAAUGGAAGCAGCCACACGGGGGGGCUCCCACCUCCAGGCUGCAGCCCAGACGCCCCCCAGGCCAGGGCCACCAUCAGCACCACCGCAGCCGCCCAAGGAGGGGCACCAGGAGGGGCUGGUGGAGCUGCCCGCCUCGUUCCGGGAGCUGAUCACCUUCUUCUGCACCAACGCCACCAUCCACGGCGCCAUCCACCUGGUCUGCUCCCGUGGGAACCGCCUCAAGACGACGUCCUGGGGGCUGUUGUCCCUGGGAGCCCUGGUCGCGCUCUGCUGGCAGCUGGGGCUCCUCUUUGAGCGUCACUGGCACCGCCCGGUCCUCAUGGCUGUCUCUGUGCACUCAGAGCGCAAGCUGCUCCCGCUGGUCACCCUGUGUGACGGGAACCCACGCCGGCCGAGUCCGGUCCUCCGCCAUCUGGAGCUGCUGGACGAGUUUGCCAGGGAGAACAUUGACGCCCUGUACAGUGUCAACUUCAGCAAAGGCAGAGCCGCCCUCUCCGCCGCUGUCCCCCGCCGCGAGCCCCACUUCCACCUGGACCAGGAGAUCCGUCUGCAGAGGCUGAGCCACUCAGGCAGCCGGGUCAGAGUGGGGUUCAGACUGUGCAACAGCACGGGCGGCGACUGCUUUUACCGCAGCUACGCGUCAGGCGUGGCAGCCGUCCAGGACUGGUACCACUUCCACUAUGUGGAUAUCCUGGCCCUGCUGCCUGCGGCGUGGGAGGACAGCCACGGGAGCCAGGACGACCACUUCGUCCUCUCCUGCAGUUACGAUGGCACGGACUGCCAGGCGCGACAGUUCCGGACCUUCCACCACCCCACCUACGGCAGCUGCUACACGGUCGAUGGCAUCUGGACAGCUCAGCGCCCCGGCAUCACCCACGGAGUCGGCCUGGUCCUCAGGGUUGAGCAGCAGCCUCACCUCCCUCUGCUGUCCACGCGGGCCGGCAUCAAGGUCAUGGUUCACGGCCGUAACCACACGCCCUUCCUGGGGCACCACAGCUUCAGUAUCCGGCCAGGGACGGAGGCCACCAUCAGCAUCCGAGAGGAUGAGGUGCACCGGCUCGGGAGCCCCUACGGCCACUGCAUGGCAGGCAGGGAAGGCGUGGAGGUGGAGCUGCUAUACAACACCUCCUACACCAGGCAGGCCUGCCUGGUGUCCUGCUUCCAGCAGCUGAUGGUGGAGACCUGCUCCUGUGGCUACUACCUCCACCCUCUGCCGGCGGGGGCUGAGUACUGCAGCUCUGCCCGGCACCCUGCCUGGGGACACUGCUUCUACCGCCUCUACCAGGACCUGGAGACCCACCGGCUCCCCUGUACCUCCCGCUGCCCCAGGCCCUGCAGGGAGUCUGCAUUCAAGCUCUCCACUGGGACCUCCAGGUGGCCUUCCGCCAAGUCAGCUGGCUGGACUCUGGCUGCGCUAGGUGAACAGGGGCUGCCGCGUCAGAGCCACAGACAGAGGAGCAACCUGGCCAAAGUCAACAUUGUCUACCAGGAGCUCAACUACCGCUCAGUGGAGGAGGCGCCUGUGUAUUCGGUGCCGCAGCUGCUCUCGGCCAUGGGCAGCCUCUGCAGCCUGUGGUUUGGGGCCUCUGUCCUCUCCCUCCUGGAGCUCCUGGAGCUGCUGCUCGACGCUUCUGCCCUCACCCUGCUGCUAGGUGGCCGCCGGCUCCACAGGGCGUGGUUCUCCUGGCCCAGAGCCAGCCCUGCCUCAGGGGCGUCCACCAUCAAGCCAGAGGCCAGUCAGAUGCCCACGCCUGCAGGUGGGACGUCAGACCACCUGGGGCCCAGCAGGCCUCAUCUCCCACGGAUGAUGCUUCCAGGGGUUCUGGCGAGAGUCUCAGCUGAAGAGAGUUGGGCUGGGACCCAGCCCCUUGAGACUCUGGACACCUGAACCAGACCUGCCAGGGCUGUGCGAUCUCUUGGCCUGGUCCUUGGAGCUGUGGCAGCAGCAGGCUCCCCAGCGGCCCAGGGUGGGCCAGACCAGCGGCUGCAGGGCCUUCCCAGGUCAUCCAGCGGCCCAGGAAGCAGCACACGCGGCCAUGGAGAGGCAGACACCAGGCAUGUCGGCGCCUCUGGUCAACCACCCUGGGGUGGGUCUCAAGGAGGCCCGGGGCAGAGGGGGGUUCCCGCGUGCACACAAGUGCAGCUCGACGUGCUGACACGCUGUGAUGUGCCCGUGCUCCCUGUGUCUGUCUGUGCAUGUCCACACAUCUGAUGCACCUGUGUACGUGUGUCAAGCCUAGCCACCUCAGCUGCAGGGAGGCAGAAGGCAAGGCGGGCCCCACGGACACACUUGGGCUGCUCUGAAAUAAAGCUGUUGACUCCA